GACUGAGCGGCGGCAGCCCCCGCGUCCCGGUGCCUCUAUGGGGGAAGCAGACAAUGGAUUAUGAUUUCAAGGCGAAGCUGGCGGCGGAGCGGGAGCGGGUGGAGGAUCUGUUUGAGUACGAAGGGUGCAAAGUGGGACGCGGCACCUACGGGCACGUCUACAAGGCGAGGCGGAAAGAUGGAAAAGAUGAAAAGGAGUAUGCACUGAAGCAGAUUGAAGGCACAGGAAUAUCCAUGUCGGCAUGUAGAGAGAUUGCGCUUCUGCGGGAACUGAAGCAUCCCAAUGUGAUCGCCCUGCAGAAGGUGUUCCUCUCGCACAGCGACAGGAAGGUGUGGCUGCUCUUCGACUAUGCAGAGCAUGACCUGUGGCAUAUUAUUAAGUUUCAUCGUGCAUCAAAAGCAAAUAAAAAGCCAAUGCAGUUGCCAAGAUCUAUGGUUAAAUCAUUACUUUACCAGAUUCUUGAUGGUAUUCAUUACCUCCAUGCAAAUUGGGUGCUUCACAGAGAUCUGAAACCAGCAAAUAUCCUAGUAAUGGGAGAAGGUCCUGAGAGGGGGAGAGUCAAAAUAGCUGAUAUGGGUUUUGCAAGAUUAUUCAAUUCUCCACUGAAGCCGCUAGCAGAUUUGGACCCCGUGGUUGUGACAUUUUGGUAUCGCGCUCCAGAGCUUUUGCUUGGUGCAAGGCAUUACACAAAAGCCAUUGACAUCUGGGCAAUAGGCUGCAUAUUUGCGGAAUUGUUGACUUCAGAGCCCAUUUUUCACUGUCGCCAGGAAGAUAUAAAAACAAGCAAUCCCUUUCAUCAUGAUCAGCUGGAUCGAAUAUUCAGUGUCAUGGGGUUUCCAGCAGAUAAAGACUGGGAAGAUAUUAGGAAGAUGCCAGAAUACCCUACACUUCAAAAGGACUUUAGAAGAACAACGUACGCCAACAGCAGCCUCAUCAAGUACAUGGAGAAACACAAGGUCAAGCCAGACAGCAAAGUCUUCCUGUUGCUCCAAAAACUGCUCACCAUGGACCCAACCAAGAGGAUCACAUCCGAGCAGGCGCUGCAGGACCCCUAUUUUCAGGAGGACCCAUUGCCAACAUUGGAUGUGUUUGCUGGCUGCCAGAUCCCAUACCCCAAACGGGAAUUCCUCAAUGAAGAUGAGCCAGAAGAAAAAGGUGACAAGCAGCAGCAGCAGCAACAGAACCAGCAUCAGCAGCCCACGGCCCCUCCACAGCAGGCAGCUGCCGCCCCACAGGCACCGCCAGCCCAGCAGAACAGCACCCAGACCAACGGGACCGCAGGAGGGGCUGGCGCCGUGGCUGGGGUCGGUGGGGCCGGGACUGGGCUGCAGCACAGCCAGGACUCCACUCUGAGCCAGGUGCCUCCAAGCAAGAAGCCCAGACUGGGGCCCUCCGGGACGAGCUCAGGCGGACCCGGCCUGCCUGCCGAGUAUCAGCACUCCAGUUCCCGCCUGAAUUACCAAAGCAACGUUCAGGGAUCCUCCCAGGCGCAGAGCACCCUGGGCUACUCCUCCUCGUCUCAGCAGAGCACGCAGUAUCACUCCUCUCAUCAGGCCCACCGGUACUGAAGCCACCCCUGGCCCGGCCCAGCCUGAGCACAGGCCACAGCAAUACAAUGUCUGCGUUGAAAAGGAGUCCCUCCCCCCCAUGGAAACCCCCUCGUCAUCUGAUACUCUCACCCUCGGGAAGAAAACAUCGAACUCUGAGCAUUUUGCAGCUCCCCCGAAACCCAACACCCCUCUCCCGCAUGUGACCCAUUGUGACUUCUUUGAUGAAGCAGCUGAUGGGAUCCCAGCACUUGUGUACCCUUGGACACUGUUUUUGAAGGAUUUCCUGGUGCACCUUUCUCCUGCUAUAGCAAUCACUAUGAGUUGUCUUUUCAUAGCUCUUUUAAUAGGAUUUUAAUGUUCAGGAACAAGAGUCCAGCGGUGUAUAGUUUUGUACUUCAUGAACUGGCAGCACAGAUGAAAAACGCCCCUGUGAAUGUGCCACGUUGUUUUCAGACUUAAGUGUUUUGCUCAUGGAAGUCUUAAACAAGAAGCUGUUACUGUCCCAAAGCACUGUACUGUGGUGUUGUUAUUUAUCUAGUUUCAGGGAAGGUCUGCUAAAGAGACAAGCAGUGCGACAGAAGGAUGUGCAACCAAACCCAGCGUGGAUCUUUGCCUGACUCUGCCUUGUGCUAGGAGGAGUUGAAGGAUGUGGUAUCUUUUUUAUAUAAUCAUUCAUCUGGAACUAAGUUCCCAGAAUCUCCUUUAUUUUGGAUAAUACUCAGUGAUGAAGAAUUAUCAUUUGUAACCUUCACGUAGCCAAGUCUACUUUAAAAGGGUUUUUGAGAGCGUCGGUGAAACCCAGGCCCCUGGCACCCCGCGCCGGAAGCCGAAGAGGAGGCGGCCCGCGCUAGGAUUCCUGCGAGGAGUCAUGUUGCACGAAGACACAUCCCUCCUGGAGGAAAUCUCUCCAUGUGCAUUGAACGUGAAGCCGGCUUCUCUAAAGAACCGUGGGUCUCCGCCCGCCCCCCUCUCCGGGUCUGAGAAACUUCCUUAUGGAAUCAGGGGGACUUGAUUAGAAGCCUACAAGCGAAUCUGCUUUUCAAAUGAAGAGCAACAUUCUCAUUUGUACUUACAUUUAGACAUAGAGUGACUAUUUUUAAAGCAUGUUAAACUUUUAGGUUUUAUUCAUGUUUAAAAUAUGUAUCAUGUAUGCAUAAUUUUGCUGUUGUUUCUGCAACUGAAUUCUAUCGAGAAUCUUUCCAUUGCACUGAAUGCUUUCUUUUGCCCCUAGGAGAAAACUUAAUCAUUGUGCCUAAAAACUACGGGCAGAUAGUAUAAAGCUAUCCUAUAUGACUAUGCUAGAUAAGGUGACUGCAUUUCCAUGAUCUCUGAGUUGUGUCUUAGGAGAAUUAGGAAGACUUAGAGCUCCCGCUGUAAUGUAAGGGGCAAGAUAUGGGUGUUCUUCUUAGUGCCCCUGGCAGCACCCGCCUUGUUGUAUGUGUCCUCUCUGAGCUAGAAGAAAUAGCUGAUGGUGGUAUAUGCAAAUGAUAUGCAUUUUUUUAAACUAUUCUUUGUGAACUUAUCUACCUGGUUACGAUACUCUGGGUCCACACACAAGUUAGGAUUUUAGGCAGAAGCCAGGAUACAUUUUGCACUAUUGCUGUGAUACUGUAGCCAGCCAGAACCUUACUGAUCUCAGCAUAAUAUUGGUUAUUAUCAUAGAGACUGUAUAAAGGCACUCACCGAGACAGAAGGAAUUCCCAGUCAUCUCCAGGCUCCUUCUGACUCCUUCCACUUUCCAAAAUAAGAGAUGAACAGCCCACCAUAUGAUGUCACUGCCUAAGGACAUCUUGACCUGAGCUGCUGCUUGUGGGGUGCCCACUACUCCCACUGCAAGCCCACCCUGAGGGAGGACACACUUCCGGUCCAGUCCCACGGCAGCUAGCUGUCCCGAAUGACUGAUGACAACAUGCAAGUAGAAUAUGAGGGCCCCUUUGUUUACUCCUAAGCCCGCUCGUGGCUAGUAGCUCUUCCAAGUUCUGUUCUGCAAUCAGCAGUGUUAGAGAAGUGUCCAUCGUGACAUAGUACUUCAGACGUUCGCGGCAGCCAUGACUGGGAGGGGUGCAUAGCUUCAGGAUGUAGGAAAGACAGAAGGCAGACCCGAGUCUGUAGAUUGUUCUAGUCCAUGCUAUGCUUCCCUCACGGGUCGUGGACCUCUUGCUGACAGAGGCAGAACCCCCAUUCUGCAUGCGAGUGAGGGUCUCGUCACCACUCUGGGCGGGCCUCCUCUUCUCCCCUCAGGGUUGGCAGUGCCCACUGGUGCUCACAGGCGCUCACAGGCCUUUCAAGUAGUCAUAUGUUGUACUUUUUCCCACUCUGUAAUGGGAGACAAAGCUGCAAUGCUUUUUUUUUUGUUGUUGUUUUUUGAGGAGGAGGAAAUUUGCCUUUUCUGUGGGUCCAUCUUUGAAAAUGUGGCCGAGCCUACGAAGCCCCCUGGGGCUGUAGGGGUCCACCACUUAGCCCGUGGGCACAACAGUGCCAGGGAAAGCUACAGACCCAAGGGAACGCUCUCUGCUUCGCAAACUACCAAAUCCAGUGGUGGGGCACAUGUUAGGGCAAAGCAGUCGAGGGUUACAAGACAGAUGAGCCCAAGAUAAGGUAGCUUGGCACUGGGCUAGGUAGAAACAGUCCUUGCCAUGAACUAGCUCACACAGUGACAUGCAGCAAGCAAGAAUGUGUCUAUUUUUAUACCUGUGGGUUGGGGACUUUAGUACUUAGAAUGUUGACCUGCACUACUUUUUUGCUGUUAGCAGACACGAUUUACAGUUAAGGACGGAAAGGGACGGGAUCUGCCUAUGGCUUCACUGUCUCCUUCCAGGUGAAGCACCUACUCUUGCUUCUCCAGGCCUCUGAAACCCUAACAGACGGUUGGCAUACAUUUGUGUUAGCAGAAGCUACGCAAUUAAGGAAGAAUUCUGUGUAAAUCGCAAAUCCUAAAUGCCCCAAUGGUGUCUUCCCAGGGAACGGAAAAAGGCAGCAAAAUGGCAGUUAGACUAACUGAGGUUGGAAAGGUUCAACUACAGCUCAUCUUUUAUAUAAAGCCUAGCAGUUUAGUUUCCCCUAAUCUUGAGGAAUAGUCACAAAUCACACACACACAGACUCAAAUUUCAUUGCUUUAGGACUUAAAAAUAAAUGUGUCGUAUCUAAGGCCAUAACUUACUCUUCUAUGCUAUCCCUGUGAAGGAGUGCUAUAUGUAUUAUAUGAAAAAAAAUCCUUAAUGCACUGUUAUCUCCUAAAUAUUUAGUAAAUUAAUACUAUUUAAUUUUUUUAAAGAUUUGUCUGUGUAGACACUAAAAGUAUUACACAAAAUCUGGACUGAAGAUGUCCUUUUUAACAACAAUUUAAAGUACUUUUUAUAUGUGUUAUGUAGUGUAUCCUUUCUAAACGGCCUAGUUUGUAUUUCCUGUAAUUCCUGUUUGUGAAGUGUACCUGUCCUUGGCUCUUUUUUCGGUCAUUUUCUGCACGCCUGCCCCUUUAUAUGGUAAUGGAGCGGAUGGUAACUUUCCCCACUCGGCCUGGAGCUGACUGCACCCCGUGAGGUCCACCCCAUGGGGUGCAGGGCGAGCUGCCACUGUGGAGCUGAGUGACUCCCAACUUUUGAGUUGUCCUCUCUUCUUGAAACGACUGUUAAAACUAAAAAUAAAUUACAUUGCAUUUAUUUUAUAUUCUUGGUUGAAAUAAAAUUUAAUUGACUUU